CGCAGGCGUCGGACGGCUUGCCGGGCGCGCUUUGCUUAGCGAGCCGGCGCGGAAACACCAUUGUGUGAAGUAGUGUGGCUUCACUUCCAUUCGCUAUUCCGAUACCAAUAUUAAGAUGUCCUAGACAAGUGUCUCCACCGCGUGUGUGACCAGUAGCGUGUACAGAAUAUCUAUUUAUUUAUCUAUUUAUUUAUGUUAUUUAUAACGACCGGGAGUGCGCUUACCCUUAUUUAUUGAAACUGCCACUGCAAGAGCGUUAACGGAACAACGUGAUCGAUAUUUAUUUCGGGUGCAAAUAAAAUUAAAGUGUGCAAUAAAUUAAAUUCAUUUAGAAUGAAUCGAAACCCGCCCGCCCGGCCAUCCUUCGUCGCAAUUAGUUGACGGUUGUGUGGAUGCGUUCCUGCCUCCGCGAUUCAUUCGUUUAUCGGUUGUGCUUGCCUUGGUGAUCGUUUUGUAAGUGACUUUCUCGAGCCCGUGCCAAAGUGCUUGGCCAUUUUUCAUCCCACUCAUCGCCACGAGAAGCUGUUGAAGUGAAAGCCAUUAAAAGAGAAAGAGCGAGUAAACAAAUGUUCUGAUAACAAAUUAUCCAUCCGUGGAGACGUAUAUGUGUAUGUGUGAGUGUAUGUGAGAGCAUGACACGGUGUGUGUUAAGUGUGCGCUGAUCGUGCGGAACCGGAGCUCGGAAGGAUAAAUCACUUCGGGGGUCAAUUAAUCGCCCCAAGGGGUCCCCGAACGGGCCUGACCGAUAUUUUACCCUCGUGCUUUGCUACCUGCCUUAGUAAAGUUUGGCCGCGGCAUCGGAGCAAGGCGUUAGUGUCGAACCUUUUAACUUCAACCCUACUGUGCCCGUGCGACGUAAGGGAUUGUAAAAGUGACGUAAACCAGCAACAGUGUUGAAUGUAAACUACCUUCGAUGAGGAAUGAAUAAGAAUGGAUCAAUCAAAGGAAAAACUAUUGAACGAGUCGAUCCUUUCGGAUGCGUCUAGCUGCGACAGGCUGAUCGAUGGGUUCGUGAGGCUACCGGCAGACGUUUACGAGACGGAAGAUGCGACGGAAGCGCAAGACACCGUCGACAAUGUAUGCGCUGGUGGUUUGAUGAACAUGUCGUACGUUCCGACCAAUCCAGACAAUCCCGAAUAUGCGGCCAUUUUUAAGCCAGACCAACUGGUGCCGGAUUUCAUUCUCGGCCAACCGCAUCACUGUUCGACACCGAAGAAAAACGGUCGACCCGUGUCGAUGUACGAGCCGUGGACACAGUCGGAACCAUUCCGAUCGCUGCCAGCGGAUAUGCUUCACAAGACGACGAAACUAAGCGACAUUGAGUUUGAAACGGAAGCGGCAGCCGUCGCUGCGGCUGCCUCCAGAUCUUGCUGGGAGGCGGAAGAUGCUGACGAGUUCAUUACCACGCUGGAUGAGUCCGCCAUCCUGGACAUUGAAUCUUACGAGGAUUUAAAUCACAUCUACAGCCAGCCAGGCGAGGGAAUGGGCUACAACAAUAAUAAUAACAAUGACAGCUUGAAACCUCGAAAGCUAGUUGUAGCUGCCGACGUUCAUCAUCAUCAUCAGCAACUCCAACAGCCGGCCCAGCAACAUUACCAUCCGCUGCCACACGUGUUUGAAUAUCCCGCACACGAUCAAACCGUCGAGCAACGGUACGAGGAGAUUGAAAUUUACGCCACGGUAAAGAAAAAACCACGCGAACGAACGCCUCAGUCCGCGAUCGAUCGCACGAUCGCAAUAGACACGCAGGCGCUUCUGCUCGCCCCGGGCGGUGCCGGUGCCCCGAUGCAAAAGUUGCCCAAAAUUAUGAACACCUCUUGCUAUGGCGAACUGCACGGAUUCGGUGUCGUACCGAUGGUGACCGGCGGAUGGAACGAACCGGGCGCGAUCGUGAAGAGCAACGAGAAUCUGCUCGAUUCGGCCAAGGCACUGUCGAUGAACAGUUCCUUCAUCGAUGAGUCGGGAAAUAGCUCGCUGUACGAACCAAACUCGAUGAACUCAUCGUUUGACUUUGCACGGUACGGGACAAGCGAGAAGACGCGCGUACGCUGGUGGGACGAUUUUACAGAGGAAACGGAAGCCGAGCUGCAGGACAUUGCGGAAAAAGAUUUGGCAGCGAUUCGUAAGAUACUGGAAAACGAAACCGGAGGCGCCCUCUGUCCGAGCUGUCAGAUGCCGUUCGAUAAGGGCAAGAAAAGGAAGCUGAUCGACGCCUGCGGCCACGAACGGUGCUACUCGUGCAUGUUCCGGAACGAAGCUUGUCCGCACUGUCAGGCACAGAAGGAACCGAACCAGGCCGGUCACCCGCCACAACACCAUCCGGCCUCUCGUGUGCAGCCGGAUAUGGACAACGAUAUUCUCUCGUCGAAUGGUGCUAUCUACCAACCGCUCAGCCGCAAGAUGCACGGUUAUGGGAGCAGUAACCAUCUGAUGUCACCGCUAGGUUCACCGCAACCUCAAAAUCGAUCGCAGAUGCGCACGAACGGGCACUUCUCGUCGAUCUAUCAGAGUCCCUCGGACAUACUCGGCACAGCGGAGCGGUACAAGCUGAAGGACCGGCCUCCAAAGUGUCCCCCGGGCGGUAAGACGGAAUCGCACUACGCCAGCAUCACCACCGGCAGCACCGGUGUCGCCGGAUCGACCCAUCUCCAGCAGCCCGGCUACGGCAUGAUGAAGCCCCUGCAGCAACGGUCAGCCCUUAACAGCAGCAGCGAAAUCACGUCCAGCACUUGUGCGACACCGCCACAGAACCGCCGGCGUCUGUUCAGUCCCAAGAAUCUGCGCAGCCCGUUCGGGUACCGGCGCAGCAACGGGAACGCAGCGGACAACAGCACACUGUCGGGCUUAGCCUCGCUGCUAAAUCCAGCAACGUUCCAUCGGGCAACGACGGCCGCUGCGAGCAAAAUUAGUCGUUCGAUGGCCCUACGGACCACUGGCGGACUAUCGCGAGACGGUGGUGGUGGUGGUGGUAGCGGAGGCUCGUCAAGUGGUGGCGUUGGAGGUGGUAGUGGGUUCAAUCUGUUGGCCUCCCAUGGGCCACCGAUGAACGGGAUUAGCAAGCGCCAGCGGAACGCUAAUGAUGGCCAUAAAUUUCAUCGACUCAGCCUCGGUUCGUCCGCGUCGAUGGUUUUCGGCAAAAUUAAAUCUCUCUGGUCAGCGCAGGCGACGACGGUCAACGCGGGAUUGAAUCAAUUAGCAGACGACGAAGGAGGCAACGUGAAACCGCUGGUGAUGAAUGGCAAAUCGAAAUCCUCGCAGGACGAGCUGCAGGUACGGCUCGGGUUCUUCCUCGAGAACAACACGCGGCGCAAUCUGCGCGCACCGAACCAAUCGUGCAGCUCGCUGACCUCGGCCAACACCAGCCCCGUCUCGACGCUGACCGGGUCGUCCGAGGCGGACGUGUCCCGCGUACUGCAGGAACCGAACCCGUACCACACCGGCUGUGAGUCGAUCGGGUCAAUGAUGUCGAUCUCGGAACAGAGCAAUGCUUCCUCCAGCCCCGUCAGUAGACGCCAUUCCGUUACAACAUCUCAAAGUGGAAGUAACGUGGAUGAUUUGCUGGCGUUUAAGAGCCGCCGUACGACGGUGCGUCGAUCGGCACGCUCCGGCCAGAUCAAGGGACCGAUCGAUCCGAAGAUCCGCUUUGCGCAGUACCGCCAGCAGCACCAGCAACAGCAGCAACUGCAGCAGCAGCUCACGCUGAAGCCACUGUUCUUCGAGGUUCCUACGCACGAGCCGAACCCACUGUUUGUCGGCCGGCACUGGUUGGUGCGCGAGCUGGCCACCGCGAUCCAGUCGACCGAUUCGCCCGGCGUGCUGCUGAGCGGGAAUCUUGGCACCGGCAAGACGGCCCUGCUGCUCCAGCUCGUCGAGUACUCUUGCUUCGGGCGGCGCAAGGAGCUGCCGAUUCAGGAGAACGAUGGCAUCUACUGUCAGAUCAACGUGGCGCACGAUCGGCUGCGCACGCUCGCCUCGCACGUGGUGGCGUACCACUUUUGCCAGGCCGACAACAACUCCACCUGCCUCAUACCGGACUUUGUACACUCGCUGGCGGCUCAGCUCUGCCAGGCGCCGCAGCUAGCCGCCUACCACGAGUUUCUGCUCGGCGAGCACGCCCUACAGCACGCACUGAGCGUGAAGGAGUGCAUUGCCAAUCCCGAGCGGGCGAUGACGAUGGGCAUACUGGAGCCGCUCACCGCUCUGCGCCGGACGGGCAAGAUCCCGGCCAAGAACUGCGUCAUAUUGGUGGAUGCACUGUGCGAGGCGGAGUACCAUCGGCCCGAUCACGGCGAUACGAUCGCGUCCUUUCUGCAGCGCAUGAGCGAACACUUCCCGCCGUGGCUGAAGGUGAUCGCCACCAUCCGCACGCAGAUGCUCGAGUUCUGCAAGGGUUUGCCGUACACGAAGAUGAGCCUGGACAGCUGGGCGACGAACGAGAUGCUGCAGAAGGACAUCCUCGAGUACAUCACGUUCCGCAUCAACCAGAGCCAAAGCAUCCAGCACAAUGUGGCCGGCGGGAAGGAGAUCAUCAACACGAGCGCCCACUUCAAGUUUGCCCAGCAUCUGCUUGUCCUGUCCAAGGGUUCGUUUCUGUUUGCGAAGCUGACGCUCGAUCUGAUCGAGCGCGGCAAUCUGGUGAUCAAGUCGAGCAGCUUCAAGGUGCUGCCGGUCUCGUUGGCGCAGAUCUUCCUGCUGAACUUUAACCUGCGCUUCCCGACCGCCACCGCGUACGAUCGUAUCUCCAACAUUUUGGCCGUCUGCCUGGCCGCUCUCUAUCCGCUCACGCUGACGGAAAUCUUCUACUCGCUCAAUGCGCUGAUCGCGUCGGGUGAGUCGCCCGCCGACUCGGAAUCAGGAUCGGAACCGGACGGCACCGGCGGUGGCAUGAUCGAUUGGGAUGAGUUCCUGUGCCGGUUCAAGACGCUGACCGGCUUUCUGGUGAAGCGGCUCGACGAUACGUACAUGUUCUUCCACCCUUCGUUCAGGGAGUGGUUGAUACGGCGCGACGACGGCGAAAGCACCAAGUUCCUGUGCGAUCUGCGCAACGGGCAUGCGGGCAUUGCACUGCGCCUGUCGCGCCUGCAGGCACCGCUCGAUCCGGAGCAGGCACUCGAGCUCGGCCAUCACAUACUGAAGGCCCACCUGUACCGAAAUGCUCCCUCGCACCAAUCACCCCGCGAUCUGCAGGCGUACUGGGUUGCGUCGGUAACGGGCUGCGUCUCGUCCGCACUCACCACGCUGCGCAAUGUGUACAGCCCCAACGUGAAGGUGUCGCGAUUGUUGCUGCUGGCCGGAGCAUCGCCCGACCAUGUGACGCCCUUCCUGGGCAGCGCUCCGAUCCUGUGCAUAGCGGCGCACGAGGGCAUACUGCCGAUGGUGAAUCUGCUGCUCGAGUUCGGCGCGAGCGUGGAGCAAACGAACAGCCAAGGAUGCACACCACUCAUCCUAGCCUCGGCCCGGGGUCACUGUGACGUGGUGCGCCAGCUGGUGGCCGCCGGAGCGUUCCUCGGCCAAACCGAUACCUCCCAGCGGUGCGCACUGGUGCACGCGGCCAUCGCUGGACGGCUGCAGGUGGUGAAGUAUCUGGUCGCUUGCGAUUGGCUUCCCCGCUCGGGAAGCAGCGAUGUGACACUGGAGCAGGCGGCCCAGCAAGCGCUGACGGCAGCGGCCGGCCAGGGCAAUACGGACAUUGUGGAGGAUCUGCUCGACAUGGGCGAGGUGCAGGUGAACCGGCUGGAUGUGAUUACCGGCGAGACGGCCCUGACGACGGCCUGCGCGAACGGGCACACGGAAACGAUCGUCAUACUGCUGAACCGGGGUGCCUCGACCGAGGUGCGCAACCGGAAGGAGAUGGCACCGCUGCUGAUCGCGGUCAAGGAGGGCCACUGGGCGAUCGUGGAGCGACUGCUGCAGCAUCCGGCCGACUGUGAGCAGACGGAAGCGAACAGCAAAACGGCACUGAUGAUUGCGGCCGAGGAGGGCCACGUGGGCAUCAUCGAGCUGCUACUGAGUCGAGGCGCCUCGCUAACAGCGCAGGACAAAGAUGGACUGACGGCACUGAGUUGGGCUUGCUUGAGGGGUAAACAGCAGGCGGCCAAGUGUCUGCUGGAACGGGGAGCCGAUAAGCAGCACGCGGACGGUACCGGUCGCACCCCGCUCGAUCUGGCCGCGUACCAAGGUUCGGCCUCGCUCGUGCAGAUGCUGCUCGAUCAUGGGGCGCAAAUUGAGCACGUCGACAUCAACGGGAUGCGUCCGCUGGAUCGUGCCAUCGCCUGCCGCAACGUGCAGGUCGUGCAGGUGUUCCUGAAACGAGGCGCCAAGCUUGGACCAGCCACGUGGGCCAUGGCGAACGGGAAGCCGGAAAUAAUGUUGAUACUGUUAAACAAGCUGCUAGAGGAUGGCAACACGCUGUACAGGAAGAAUCGACUGCAGGAAGCAUCGCACCGGUAUCAGUACGCGCUGAAGAAGAUCCCUUCCGCACCGAGUACCGGUGGGGAUGUGAACGGGAAUGGCAGCUGUACGAUGGUUACCGAUCCGCUUACCGGCGGUCCCGUGCCGGACAGCAACAACAACAACAACAGCCAUAGCAACAACAGCAAUGUGGCCACCUUCCAGCAGUUGCGGUUUAAUUUCUUGCUCAAUCUAUCCCGCUGCAAGCGAAAAAUGAACGAUGUAGCAGAAGCGAUCGAGCUGGCGCGGCAAGCGAUCGAGAUUAAACCGAGCGCGUACGACGGUUACUACGCCCGUGCGAAAGCACUGAUGGAGCAGGGCAGCUACGGUGAGGCACUGCGCGAUGCAUCGGCCGCCCUGGCCCGGGCACAACCGACGACGGCCGAAAUUCGGGAAACGCUUACCCGCCUGCACGGUGACCUGCAGAAGCGCCAGAUGCAGGUGAUCGCCGACACGGCCAACUCGGCCCUGGCAAGCGUGGGCCUGUCGACCGUGGCCACACCGAUGGAGAGCGUCGGCAGCACACGUUCCAGCUCCGUCCACAGUGGACGCUCGUUCGCCGAAUCGAUGGACAUCAUUACCGAUCUGUGAGUUCGGUCGCUGGUUGUACUCAUUCCGGAUUGUUAAGCUGAAUUGCCAGCUUCGUGUGCGCUGAGUGCAUUUGUAUGUGUGUGUUUGUUUAUGUGUGAGAAUGCAGAGAAGUAGGACAGCCUUAGUAAGUUGAUUGGUAUACGAAUGGAUUGGACGACGAACCGGAUUUAUGCUUGAACACACUCUUCUAAAGAUGUUAACAAGCGGAGAGAAAGACCGACGCAGAGAGAACAAAAAACGAUUAAACGAAUUUAAAAUUUUAUCACAAAAUUUAUCUCCACGAAGACAAAAAAAAACAAACAAACGAAAUAGCACACAUUCUUGGCAACGACUAUCGAAAUCAUAGCGCGAGCGCCUUUAAACGAAGCAAUGCAACAAAUGUUAAGGUUAUUUAACUUUCCACAAACAUACAUUUCCACCGUUUAUGUUGCAGCAAAUGUUGAAUUUUCCUUAUGCGCAGGCAUUGUGCAACAUGGUUUUGUUUAUAGCAAUCUUUCGUUUUGCAGCAGUAACACUCCACACAUAUUCAUAGGUGCAGUGACGAUUAGCGUCGCAUUUAUCUUUAUUUAUAUGAAUAAUUUAAAUACAAAAUUUAGAUUUGCUCCUCACUCGGACAGUGGCGAGAAACCAAAAAAGGUGAAUUUUCAGCACAAAAAAAGCAUCGUUUUGGAAGCAGAAGGAAGUGAAUGGCUAUACAGGAGUUUGUUACUUAUCUAUGUACACGAUUAAAUUAUGAUUUAUUGGUAGGGUUUGGAAGCAGAGCAGCACAUACUAGCCGACCGGUUUUGUAAAAAAAAAAAGCAGGAACAAGCACGAAACUGUGCGUCUUUCCUUUCUUUUUAGUUCUAAACGAAUCGUCUUAAUUAUUUAUAGUUACGUGUUAGGCAAACGAGCAUGGUAGGGUGUGUACACAGGCAAUGAAGCGAUAGGAAGCGGUAAGGAAGAAGGUUAGAUAACAUACAGUACAUGUAGGCAGCAAUACCGUUCAGAGUUGUGUUAGGAGAACUGUAGUGUGUAAGAAAUAUCAAGAAAUGAAACAAUAAAUGCAAUUUUUAUGAUUUUA